UUUGAAGUGAACAGGUGCAACUUUAUAACAAUACUGGGGAGGUCAGGUGUUUCUCUCAGCUAAAACGUGCAAGUUUUGCGGCAGAAACUGUGUUGUUGCACAAGCACUCGUAAAAUCGAAGGACGGAACAACUUAGGGUUAGCCAAAAAGUCAUUCCACGCGAAGAAAAACAAGUUUUGCAACUGAUAAUUUGCUGUUUAAGGUAUUGUGUUAGGCAUUAAACCGAAAAAAGAAACAAACGGGAAAAGAAAUGGCUGUUCGUGCACAGUUUGAGAACAGCAACGAGAUUGGAGUGUUUGCCAAAUUGACAAAUGCGUACUGCUUAGCUGCCAUCGGUGCGUCAGAAACUUUCUACAGUAUCUUUCAGGGUGAGCUGGAAGAGGUCAUACCAGUUGUUCACACGUCCAUUGCUGGCUGUCGAAUCGUUGGUAGAUUGUGUGUCGGUAACAAAAACGGUCUUCUGGUACCAAACAACACAACAGACCAGGAGCUGCAACAUUUACGGAACUCCUUGCCUGACGCUGUGGCCAUACAGAGAGUUGAAGAGAAACUGUCUGCCUUGGGAAACGUCAUCUGCUGCAAUGACUAUGUAGCCUUGGUACACCCUGACUUGGACAGGGAAACAGAAGAGAUCCUUGCAGACGUGUUGAAGGUUGAGGUCUUCCGACAGAUGGUGGCAGGCAAUGUUUUGGUUGGCAGCUACUGUGUAUUCAGCAACAGAGGCGGGCUGGUGCACCCAAAAACCAAAAUCGAAGACCAAGAUGAGCUUUCGUCCCUCCUACAAGUCCCUCUCGUUGCUGGUACAGUCAACCGGGGCAGUGAUGUACUGGGCGGGGGGAUGGUGGUCAACGACUGGUGCGCGUUCUGCGGUCUGGACACCACCAGUACUGAGCUGUCCGUGAUUGAGAACGUCUUCAAGCUGACUGAUGCCCAGCCUAGCCAGAUUGCAACCACUAUGAGGGAUUCCCUGGUAGACAGCCUGGCCUAAAGUCUCAACAUCUCUUGUCACACCAACUUCUAAGUGGCAGAAACCUCCCCACAGGUCACCUGAUGGAGACCUGAUUCUGUUUACCUCUUGGCCCUGAAGUUGAGAAACAAUGGUGGCAAGAUUUUCAGUCAUGUUGGACUGGUACCAGGAACUGGUGACAUGCGUUGUGGAUAUGACACUAGAUAAGUGGUGAACGACCACUUCUUUUAUAUGUAUUGUUUAAUCGUUGGCCAUUAGACCAACAGUGUACAGGGGUCGGGAGUGGUAUCAUUAUUAUAUUAUACAGAAUUGGGCACAAGUCGUCACUGGUCAGUUGCAUUCAGUCUCAAGUCAGACAACAGUCUGUUUAACCAGACUGUGAUAAAGGCGUUUCUACGUCAUCCCGUGUUGUGUGUGACUCGACGUGAAAUCUGACUAGUGACAGACUUGUGGUUGACUUGCGACUGAAGCUGUGAUGGACUCGACAACUCCCAUAUUAUAAUACUGUAUUUGAAAGUGUUCAAAAGGCCGUCUAUUUUUAGGAAAUUCUUGAGGGCCACAUUGAUGUACUUUGAAACCCCCUCUUCCCUUCCUCAUCUGGGACACGGUUUCCCACCUUCAUUGUAGAGAUUAAGAACAGAAGAGAGCGUAGACCUUUCUGCACAUGGGCGGGGGAAUGGGGGGAUAUAUCCCCCCACUUUUUGGGCAGGAGGAUGGAGUAUACAAUCUUCCCCCCAGAAUUUCCAACACCCUUUAUUAAAUAGCGCCCUCAAUCUGCAAAUGGUCCUACUUCCCCCCCCCCCCCCCCAAUUAUUGUGCAGGCGCCAAUUUUUUCAGGGUCACUUUUGGGGGGAUUUUACCC